AUGACUCGAAAGCUUUCUUCGACAACAAAGAAGAGAAAGUUUCAGCAACACUCAACCGAAGAUGAACAGCCUCAAAAGUUAGCCUUGGUUGAGAAGGAUGAAGCAUACAACAAGAUGAGUUUGAUUAACGAUGGAAUGUUGGAUAUGAUUAGAAAGGCUGAUACUCUUGAUUUUCAAUACUAUUUGGAUAAUUUUGAAAUGGUGAAUGAGUUUGUUGGAAAUGUGGAGUAUUUCGUGAUGAAGUUUAAUGCUAGUAGGAGAUGGAAAAUUUGGGACAGACUCAAUUCUGAUAUUUGGGGAGAAAUCUUCAGCUACAUUCCUACUUCCGAGAUGGUACAUUCGGUUCAAUUAGUCUCCAAGACGUUUAGAUCAAAUCUGAAAGUAGUUGGUAACUUGGAAGUGUCUUUGAUAGGUUUAAAGAGAUGUCUUAUCAAUGAAACUAGAGUGAAUUGCAUGCUUAGCUACAUACACUCAAGAAAUAUUACUCGUCUGGAAUUGCGACACUUUAGUGGCCAUGCUUUGGCAGCUCUUGCAAGCUCGAGAAGGAUGAGGAAUUUGAAAAGCCUUGAUUUGUCAGUCUCAGAAAUCAAUGAAUAUGCAGCAAACCACUUUUCACAAAGCAAAUACAUGAAAAACAUUACAAAAUUAGAUUUAGACCAUUGUGAAGGAUAUUUUUCAACUCUCCUUUCAGGAAGGGCCACCAGAAAUUUGAAACACCUCAAAAUGAAUUUUAUAAGACAUUAUGCUCGCUGCAAAGGAACUGAAAAGUUCACAUCCUCAUGUAGAAAGCUGGAAUCCUUAGAACUAGACUACUGUCGAACAUUUGAUUCAUACCUCAAUAUCAAGAGCUUCAUACAACAGAAUGCUUCCACUUUGGUACGUCUUUCCUACCUUAAUAUACCAGGUGAUAAUGUUUUUUCAGUUCAAUUUUCAAAGCUAUGCUCUCUUUCUCUGUCAAAUAUUGUUCUAGAUUCAUUUGUUAUUGAAAGCAUACUAUUUUCAGGAAACUGUCCUAUUUUAACCACACUUUCGGUUCGCGAUUCGAAAUCUAACACUGCAUCAAGGAAGGGGACUGUGGAUUCAAAUAGAUCACUGACCAACCUUUCUAUUUCAAGCUGUGACAACUUUGGUUGGUUUUUACCUAACUGUCUCAGUUUACACAAGUUGUCAUUGGAUUGCACUCAAAAUGAAUUGUUUGGAAAUUUCAGAGCUGCUCUAACUGUGCAAGAGCUUAAUUUAAAUAUUAGGCAUUGGUAUCAUGAACCACUAGAAUUCUAUGAAACAUUAUUUAACUCAUCUUCUUUCAACUCUGUUUCACUGUUGAAAUGUAAUUUUCCAUCACUCAAAUACUGUAAUGAUGAUGUUUGCAAGUCCUUUACAAAUCUACAAAAAAUUGUUGUAACAAGAAUGUUAGGAUAUGAAGAUAGGGAAACUUUAAAAGAAUUGUUCCCAAAGAUCGAUAUUAAGUUUUGA